UUGCUGCGUCAUACUCACUCCUCACUACAGAACUUCUACUGCUGAGCAUCAGGCUGCCUGGGACAUGCGUGAAAUCGUACACUUACAGAUAGGCCAAUGCGGCAACCAAAUUGGAUCUAAGUUCUGGGAGGUCAUUAGUGACGAACAUGGAAUCGAUGUGAAUGGAAGUUACCGCGGAGAUUCUGAGUCUCAACUCGAGAGGAUUAAUGUUUACUUCAACGAGGCUCAUUCCCAUAAAUAUGUUCCGAGAGCGGUGCUUGUGGAUCUGGAACCAGGAACCAUGGACAGUCUGCGAUCCAGCUCCAUCGGACCCCUGUUUCGUCCAGACAGCUUUAUUCACGGAAAUUCCGGUGCCGGCAACAACUGGGCCAAGGGCCACUACACGGAGGGCGCGGAGCUGAUUGAGUCGGUGAUGGAUGUGGUGAGAGCGGAAAGCGAGAGCUGUGAUUGUCUCCAAGGGUUUCAGUUGGUGCAUUCACUUGGUGGAGGGACAGGAUCCGGCAUGGGAACCCUUCUCAUUAACAAGAUCCGAGAAGAGUAUCCAGACAGGAUAAUGAACACAUUCAGCAUCAUGCCCUCACCCAAGGUGUCGGACACGGUGGUAGAGCCGUACAACGCAAUCCUGUCCAUCCAUCAGCUGAUCGAGAAUACAGAUGAAACGUUCUGCAUUGACAACGAGGCCUUGUAUGACAUCUGCUUCCGCACUUUAAAGCUUUCGAACCCCACCUACGGUGACCUCAACCACCUGGUCUCAAUGACGAUGAGUGGAGUGACCACAUCCCUGAGGUUUCCAGGGCAACUGAAUGCUGACCUGCGGAAACUGGCAGUCAACAUGGUGCCAUUUCCCCGUCUCCAUUUCUUUAUGACUGGUUUCUCUCCACUCACCUCCCGCAGGAGCCAGCAAUACACAGCCCUGACCGUUCCCGAACUCACACAGCAGAUGUUUGACUCUCGUACCAUGAUGACUGCCUGCGACCCUCACCAUGGCCGCUACUUAACAGUGGCCGGAAUCUUUCGUGGCCGAAUGUCCACCAAGGAAGUGGAUGAGCAGAUGUUGGCCGUCCAGACUAAAAAUAGUGCUUAUUUCGUUGAAUGGAUUCCUAACAACGUCAAAGUGGCAGUUUGCGACAUCCCACCUCGUGGCCUCAAAUUAUCGUGCACGUUUAUAGGUAAUAAUACAGCAAUCCAAGAGAUCUUCAAGCGCAUUGCAGAGCAGUUUUCGGCUAUGUACCGGAGAAAAGCCUUCCUGCACUGGUACACAGGGGAGGGCAUGGAUGAAAUGGAGUUUACAGAGGCUGAAUGCAAUACUCACGACCUGAUUGCCGAAUACCAGCAAUACCAGGAGGCCACGGCUGAAGUGGAGGAGUAUUUUGAUGAAGAGGAGGAAGUCCACAUUACAGAAACUGUAGAAAGAGUGUUUUAGAUCUCAAGGAAAAGCAAUGGACCAUAGUCAGAGAAAGCACAUUGCUGCCCCAUCUAAAUGCACAAUGAAGCUAUUUUUUUUUUUUAUUAAUAUAAAUACCCUCACCCCAUCGACCUGAACCCUCUUACCCCACAGGGCAGCAAUUCUGUAUAAAAAAACCUCAUCCCCAUCUACCUGCAACUUCUAAUCCUACAGGGCAGCUAUUCAACAGAAAUACCCUCACCCCAGCAACCUCACGCACUAGCUUCCUAUAAGCCCCCACCUACGCUAUUUUUUUAAUAAAAAAAAAUACUGCUACUCCAUCUAGCUACUGCUUCACAACCCUCAGUAGAGCUAUCCACCUGCCCCACUAUUUUCAUCGGGCAGUUAUUAUGUAGAAGUACCCCUGGCCCACCUAACUAUCCCCUCUAACUCUAAAGGGAGGUUAUUAAUAGAAAUAAUGGUAUUCAGAGCUGUAGGUGGAACAGCAUCUUAAAGCCCACUCAAUUUUUUGUGGAUUUUUUUUUUAUUAAGAACUAUUAAGAAUAAAAUUUUAGACCUGCAAAUGUAAUUUAUCACCUGUGGUACUCUGUAAAAAAAAAACCAAAUCAAAUGCUGUGUAUGUUUACCUGAUAAAUGGACUACAUUCCCAAAGCGAUGGAUAAAUAUAGAAAACUAACAGAUUCAAACAAAAAUACUUAAAAUCCUCAUUGUACUGGAAGAGGAUUCGCUGUCCGCGAGCUCGGUGAAAUUCUACUGCUUUAUGGGGGGGGUAUUCUGUCCAGGGAUCUCAUCUGGAAAAUGCAUAGACUCCGCUCUAGAACCUUUAGCAGCCUAAGAGAGGAAACAUUGGGCAGCCAAACGCGGCUACCGCAGACCUCUCGAAAUAUUAAACCUGCUUCAACCAAA